UACGAUUUAAAAAUGAAAGAAGAUCGUUCUGAAUUGACCGAACUAGUUUACGAAUCUCUCAGUUUAGAUAAAAACGAUCAAAAACUACUCAGAAACGAUGAAAUUACCAAGAAAACGAAUAAUAAUUGGUUUUUAUACAUUUCGGCCAUUGUAGCUAAUCUCAGCGUGUUCGUUGUAUCGAGUGGAUUCAGUUGGACGUCUCCGGCGUUACAAAUGUUAACGUCUAACGAUACGUCCGUGAAUCCAUUAGGAAGACCAGUAACUCCCGGAGAAGAAUCUUGGAUAGCGUCUUUAUACAGUCUAGGAGCUGCUAUAGGACCUUUGAUCGGCGGGAAACUAGCCGAUAGUUUAGGAAGAAAAACGACACUGACAAUAAUGGCUGUUCCUAAAUUGAUUUGUUUGUCGGUUAUUUGUUUCGCUGGCGACGUUAAGAUUUAUUACGUUUGUAGAUUUAUAAUGGGUCUAGUAUUGGGUACGGUUUUCGCUGUAAUACCUUUAUAUUUAAACGAAAUCGCCGACGUUCACAAUCGAGGUACCGUCCUAGCUAUGAUGGGAUUUUUUUUGAACGGCGGGUCUCUGUACUGUCUUCUACUCGGCCCUUUCGUUUCCGUUAAAACAUUAACUUUUCUAUGCGCCGUACCUUUGUUAAUAUUCGUAGUUUCGUUUAGUUUAUUCAUGGUGGAAACCCCGUCGUUUUUGAUUACCAAAGGAAAUAAUAGAGGAGCCGUCGAAGCUUUGCAGAAAUUACGAAACACCAUCGAUGUUCGACGGGAGUUUGAAUUCAUUUAUAAAUCGUUGGAGGAACAAAAAAUUGAUGAUUUGAGGUUGAUGGAUCUCGUUAGGGACGUUUAUUUGCGAAGGGUUUUGUUUGUGAACGUAGGUUUGGUAUUCGCCCUUCAAUUUUCGGGCAUCAACCCGAUUUUAGCUUUCUUAGAAACUAUUUUUAGAGAGAGCGGUUCGAAAAUGUCGCCUUAUAUAUCUACGAAUUUGGCCGGCGGUAUACAAGUUUUUACUACGAUUAUCACGAUUAAAAUAACAGAAAAACUGCAACGGAGAAAACAACUUUUGUUAUCGAUUUUUUCCGUUUUUUUGUGUCACUUUAUCAACACUUUUUAUUUCUAUUUUAAAGAUGGUGAUCGCGACGAAUUAUUUUGGUUGCCGUUGGUUUGUUUGAUGCUUUUUAUGUUUACUUCCAACUUGGGUCUUUCCACUUUACCUUUUACUAUAAUGAGCGAAACUUUUCCUCACAACGUCAAAGCCGCUGGCGCUUCUAUAACGAUUUGUAGUUGUUUCGGAUUCUCUUUUAUCGCUACUUUGAUUUUCAGAAUUCUCUUAGACGAAUACCAUUUAGGAGCCUGUUUUUUAUUAUUAUCUAUAAGUAUGUUAAUCAUGGUGGUGUUUUGUUAUAUUUUACUACCAGAAACUAAAGGUAAAAGCGUUAAUGAAAUCAAAGAAUCCGUCUUAACAAAAUGAAGUACACGUCACUCAAUAAAUCGUAAAACUAAUUAACAUAUCAUCGAUUUUAUUCACCUUCAACAGCAAUGAUGCCUUUAAAUAGGCUUCAUCGUAAGCAAUUGCUUCUUCUUUUAAGCUAAGCACCAGAUCCGGACUAUACGGUGGAUGAGGAAGCGAUUCGAAGUGUAAAUCGUUCUAUUCAGUAAAUCGGUGCAUUGUCUUGAUGAAACAAUGGUUAUUUCUUCGAUUUUCCUCGAUUUUUGCAUUUUGCCAUAACCUUACAGUAUUUUUUUCAUCAAUUAACACAAACAAUUAUUUAAAAAAAAACGACUUAAAUGGCUGUCACUUUUUACUCACUAAUCGAAACGUCAUGAAAUUUGACACAUAGAAAGUUGGUACUUCCUAAACGUCAUACGGAUUUGACAAUGACAGCGUCAUCUGUCUGUCAUUCACACGACUUAUUGAGUGUUGUUAUGUUUAUGUAUUUUACAAUAAAUUUUGUUAUUAUUA